AUGGAAUAUACCACAAUUUUGAUGAAGACUUCAAUUGUACAGGUUGCUCUCAUGGAAAAGUGGAUUGCAAUUGGGCUUGCUUGUGGACUUGGCUCCAUAUGUUUUGCAAUAUGUGUGAUUCUACUAGUCGGUAAGUGGAAACAAGAUAUAAAAAGGAGAAUCAGAAGAGCAUACUUCAAGAAAAAUCAAGGUCUACUCUUGGAGCAAUUAAUAUCAAAUGAAAGCACUGCAAAUAGCACAAAGAUAUUCACCUUGGAUGAACUAGAGGAGGCAACCAAAAACUUUGACGCUACUCGUGUUCUAGGUCACGGAGGUCAUGGCACAGUUUAUAAAGGGAUUAUGUCUGAUCAGCGUGUUGUGGCCAUAAAAAAAUCCAAAAUAGUGGAGCAAAUAGAGAUAGACCAGUUUAUCAAUGAGGUUGUUAUUUUGUCUCAAAUCAUUCACCGCAAUGUAGUGAAACUUUUUGGUUGUUGCCUAGAAGAUGAGGUACCCAUGCUAGUCUAUGAGUUCAUAUCAAAUGGCACUCUACAUGGUCUUCUUCAUGAAAAUAUUGCGACAACAUGCUUGCUAUCUUGGGAUGAUCGCAUUAGGAUUGCAAUGGAAGCGGCUGGAGCACUUGCAUAUCUACACUCAGCUGCUUCAAUACCCAUUUUUCAUAGAGAUGUGAAGUCUUCCAAUAUACUCUUGGAUGACAACUUCACGGUAAAAGUUUCUGAUUUUGGUGCUUCAAGAUCUCUUUCACUUGAUGAGACUCAUGUGGUGACAAAUAUCCAAGGAACAUUGGGUUACUUGGAUCCAGAGUAUUAUCAUACUGGUCAACUAACUGAGAAGAGUGAUGUGUAUAGUUUCGGAGUGAUACUUAUGGAACUUUUGACAAGAAAGAAGCCAAUUUUUAUCAAUGACUCGGGUGCAAAACAAAGCUUAUCUCGUUACUUCAUUGAAGGACUUCAGGAAGGUGCUCUCAUGGAAAUAGUGGAUUGUCAAGUUGUGGAAGAGGCAAACCAAGAAGAGAUUAGUGAUAUUGCCGCACUUACAGAAGCGUGUUUAAGAUCCAAAGGAGGACAUAGACCAAGUAUGAAAGAAGUAGAUAUGAGAUUGCAAUUUCUAAGAUCGAAGAGGCUAAAGAACAAAACACACCUUUUAAUUCAAAAGGAUGGAGAAAUAGAACCUUUGUUAUUCUUAGAAGCUCAACACCCACAUGAAUAUAUUGAUGUCCUUGUCAAUGACACACAUUUAACAAUUCCAAUGAUGUCUAGGUACUACAGCUUGGAGCAAGAAUUUGCAUCAUCAUCUAGUAUGGCUCAAUAA